GAGAUUAUUUCACACCCCUCCUUCCACACAUUCGUUACGGGGAAGGAUAUCCGGUCAACAUUCCUCUAUACCUCCGGGAUCCCCCCUCGGCUGACACCACUUACCCCCCCUCCUCCCCCCUCCAAAACACCUAUUCGACCUGCAACAGUUCCCUUGGUUUUUCUGCUGGCAGAGACUCGAAAGGAGAGACACCAUGACUGUCUGCUAUGAUCAUUCCUCGUCGAGGAGCGUGGCUCCAACCUCCGUCGCUACUCUUGAAGACCGCUUCGAGGUCAUCAAAGAGGUUGGCGAUGGCAGCUUCGGCAGCGUGGCUGUCGCACGUGUACGGACAGCUGGCGCCAAUGUUGCACGAAGAGGGACCAUGGUGGCGAUCAAGACAAUGAAGAAGACAUUUGAAUCAUUGACUCCCUGUCUGGAGCUGCGUGAGGUCAUCUUCCUGCGGACCCUUCCACCCCAUCCCCACCUUGUUCCGGCUCUCGACAUCUUCCUUGACCCGCUUUCGCGCAAGCUGCAUAUCUGCAUGGAGUACAUGGACGGCAACCUCUACCAACUGAUGAAGGCUCGUGACCACAAGCCCCUUGAUCAGAAGCACGUGAAAAGCAUCCUGUUUCAAAUCCUCUCCGGUCUCGAUCACAUCCAUGCUCACCACUUCUUUCACCGCGACAUCAAACCGGAAAACAUCCUAGUCUCUACAUCCGCCCCGAACGACUCCACCUUCAGCCGCUACUCUAACCUUGUCACUCCUCCUUCCACGCCUCCUACCUAUACCGUGAAAAUCGCUGACUUCGGUCUCGCACGCGAGACGCACUCGAAACUCCCCUAUACGACCUAUGUCUCGACGAGAUGGUAUCGCGCCCCCGAGGUCUUGUUACGUGCCGGCGAGUAUUCCGCACCGGUGGAUAUGUGGGCCAUUGGUGCCAUGGCUGUCGAGAUUGCAACUCUCAAGCCACUAUUCCCCGGCGGCAAUGAGGUUGACCAGGUGUGGCGCGUAUGCGAGAUCAUGGGCAGCCCUGGCAACUGGUACAGCAAAUCGGGGGGCAAGCUCGGAGGUGGUGAAUGGAGAGAGGGCUCUCGCUUGGCUCAGAAGCUGGGAUUCACUUUCCCGAAGAUGGCCCCUCGCUCGAUGGAAAGCAUUCUCCAAGCUCCCCAGUGGCCCGUGGCUCUUAGUCAAUUUGUCACGUGGUGCCUGAUGUGGGAUCCCAAGAACAGGCCGACUUCGACCCAGGCUUUGAACCAUGAAUACUUCGCCGAUGCCAUUGAUCCAUUGAGACCCAAGUCCUCGACCGCCCGCCUUCUUGGUCGCAAGCACUCCGAAAAGGUUCUUAAGACCGCCACCCGAGAGCAGAGCGACUCGCCUACCCUCACCUACAAAGCAUCCUGGUUCAGGCGGUCGUUGAUUGGGAGGUCUGAGAGCCCGGUUCAGCCCGCGGAGAACGACAACCCCGCUAAACCCAGUGUUACAUCCUACCCUUCGGAGCUGCAACCGAGCAAAACCAGACCUGCGCCCAUCAAGCGUGCUACCUGGGCCAACGGCGCUCCGAUGCCCAUUCUGCCUUCUAUCAGACCCGUGUCUCCCCUGUCGAACGCAGUCACGGCCCAAGCGAAUGCAUCCCUGGCUCACUCUGGUGACAGUGCCGGAAAGGCCAGCAAGAAGAUCGGUCGGCAGUUGUCGGUCAACUCCCACGGUAAUCACUAUGCUGAUGUCCAUCGGCAGGAGGCGGAGAGGGCUCUCAACGGUGGAGGCGCCGUCAUUACGCCGAAAGAGAGCUUCUUCUCACAUCUCCGCAAACGUGCCCGCCGGUUGUCUGGACGCAAUCAGGGUAAUGUGUCUGGUGAUGAUGUCGAAGCGAACGCUGGUUGCAUGCCUUGGUCGAAUCGGUCCUCGCUUGCUCUGGACUCUGUCAAUGUUAGCGAGUCCAAGUCAACCUCGGACUUUGCGGAACUCGACAAGGCUCUGCAGAGUGUGAGGCAAUCCAUUGAUUCCAGCAACCGAGGCAACGUUCCCGUACAGAUCACUUCUCAUGUGGACGGUAGCAAACGGCAGUCUAUGCCCCUAGGUUCCGUCCGAACAAUGGGUGACAGCCCUGUCUCAACGAGUGGCAACGGAGCGCCGAUUUCCAGCCGGACCCGGCGCGCGAUGCAGAUGUCCAGCAAUCCUAUCCACCGCUACGAGACUCCCGAGGAGGAGGACGAGCUGCUGGACGAGGUGCUGCAUUCAGCGAGUAAAGCUGCUCGUCGUCUAGCACAGACCGAAGUCACGUCGGACGGCUCAUCCCACUACAGCCACCCAGCGGGCGCGAACGACAGUGGCCGCCCAUUGCCGAGCCCCUAUCCUACUCCAUCGCCUUCUGCCAACUGUGACGGCGGCUAUUUCGGUCCAUCGGAGACCCCUUGUCGACGACUACCGGCUUCCGACGAAAAGACUGAAGCAAACUCGAACCGUCAAUGGCCCACCCCACCUUACGACGAGUCCGAAUGGACCAAACCCGCUACCACGAAGUUCCUGACCGGAUCAGCGACCUACCGGUAGCUCCUUGAUCUGGCGGGACAACCCACAUUUCUUUUUACUCAUCUCAUCUCCCCUUGAAUAUGGUUGCAUUUACCAAAAGAAAGUCAGAAAAAUGGGUGGUCAUGCGCAUAACCGGCAUUUAACCGAGCAAGGCGUACGGGGAUCUGGUGUCUAUUGUGUUUUUCAUCUUGUG